AUCAUCAACCAGGGAAUUUAUUCUUGUGUAUCUGAUGUAUUUUGGACAGCCCUUAGGAGUGUGGGGACAAUGACUUCAGUUGAGGCAAUGAUGAGUGAGACCAUCUCAGUACUCAGUAAGUUUGUCACCCUGGUUCGACUUUUCCCCCACAUCACCUGAUAUAUAGUUCCAGGCAGGCCUAGAACUCACUAUGUUGGUCGGGCUGGUCUGAAUCUUCCUGUCUCCAUUUCCCAAGAGCCAGAAUUACAAAUUUGUUUGGAGUAUUUUUUCAUCCUCUCCAAACACCAAGAGCAAAGGAUCAACUCUCAGAGAUGAACAGUUGGUACCAUUUACUAAAGGUUACUGUGCCUCACAUUGCCCCUGGAAUAAUCCAUGGGGAGGUUAAAGCAGAUGGCUGGCUGCGUAGACUAUGCUCAGUGCAAGUGGCCACCCCACGACUGCCUUGGUUGCAACUAGGGCAGUCAUCUUGGGCCACCCCUCAGGGAAAGAGGCCCCGCCCAAAGCCUGAGCACUGACGUUCCGCAGAGCGCCCCGCCAACCGGAAGUAGCCGGGCCCUUAGCGAUGGGACCCGGCAGAGCGGAAGUCAUUCCGUGAGGCAGUGGCGACAGCGGCGGCGAGAGGAUGAACAACAAGUUCGACGCCUUAAAAGAUGAUGACAGUGGAGACCAUGAUCAGAAUGAAGAAAACAGCACACAGAAAGAUGGUGAGAAGGAAAAAACAGACCGAGAUAAGAGCCAGAGUGGUGGCAAGAGGAAGGCUGUUGUCCCUGGACCAGCAGAACAUCCCCUGCAGUACAACUACACCUUUUGGUACUCUAGGAGAACCCCUGGCCGUCCCACCAGUUCACAGAGCUAUGAGCAGAACAUCAAGCAGAUUGGCACCUUUGCCUCUGUGGAACAGUUCUGGAAGUUUUACAGCCACAUGGUCCGUCCCGGGGACCUGACAGGCCACAGUGACUUUCAUCUCUUUAAAGAAGGAAUCAAACCUAUGUGGGAGGAUGAUGCAAAUAAAAAUGGGGGCAAGUGGAUCAUUCGACUCCGGAAGGGCUUAGCUUCCCGCUGCUGGGAGAAUCUCAUCCUGGCCAUGCUCGGGGAACAGUUCAUGGUUGGGGAGGAGAUCUGCGGGGCUGUGGUCUCUGUCCGCUUCCAGGAGGACAUUAUUUCUAUAUGGAAUAAGACUGCCAGCGACCAAGCAACCACAGCCCGAAUCCGGGACACUCUUCGGCGCGUGCUUAACCUACCUCCCAACACCAUUAUGGAAUACAAAACUCACACCGACAGCAUCAAGAAAAGCUUACAAUCGUGCAGAUUCUUCAGGGAGAGAAGAAGAAACCCAAACUGCUCAUCAGAUUAGACUGCCCAUAGCCAGGAGUAAAGCAGGGACAAUUCAAGCUUUCGAAAUACAAAAAUCACAUUGUGAAAGCGCACAAGUUGGCAGUAUUCUUUUUCUGUUUGUGUGUUUGUCUGACUUGGAUGCGAGGCUCAGGCAGUUCUCUGUCUGUUCACUGAAGGGGUGUACCUAAACCAUGUGCUCCCCUUCUGCACUCGUUCCUGGAAGAAGGACAGACUCUGCUAGACACCUUCCAGCAAUGCUGACCGUAUACAGCGGGAAGAAUGGGAAAAUGUGACUGUGUAACAGACAAACACUUUUCAGUGGGGUUCUGUGUGGAGUGCAGCUGUCUUCUUGCUGUGUACUAUCCAGAUGCCUCUUGGCAUCCUGCUGUACUCUCCUGCUGUGCAAAGGACUUGAUGGCCGAGGACAUGUGUGUGCCCGGUGUGGGUCUGAGCUGAGCGUUAUCAGUAUUAUGAAUGCUUGCACAUCCAGGAACAGCCUCUGCUUAGAGUUGAAGAGAACUAAAUGCCUCUUCUAGCUCUACUGUUAAGUUAUUGUGUGUUCCUCUUCCCUAAGCCCACCACUUUGAACAUGUGUUAAGAUAUGAUGACAGCUAGGAUAAUGUAUCCUUUGCGCCUUACACCUCCAAUGGGACUCUUCUUCUUAGGCACUGCAGCACUUCAAUCGUGAUUCUGGGCAGCACAGGUUUUACUGAGGAAACCUAAGGCAUCUGCCCUGUAAGACAAGCUGGAGAAGAAUGCAGUUCAGUCAGAAGCCAGAUUAUAGUGCAGGUCCCACACAUGGGGUUGGGGCUGAAGCCAGUGACUGAAACCAGCCUCCCCUGUGAGCAGGACUUGUGUGCUGAGCAUGCUCUGUGGGGGUUGCAUGUCUGCCAUGGAGGAGGAAGCCACAGCUGGUAGUGCCACAUUAAAACCGUGUAGCUCCCACAGUGCUGGAAUGGGUGACUGAAGAAAUGGCAGCCUUGCUGGAUGCUUUCAUUUGAUGGCUGUGUCUGUCAGCUGUGAUUGGAAAAGACUUUGGUCCUUGACACCUGGAUGUAAUCAACUCGUCCAGACCCCUCGAUGCCCAGAAGGCUCCUACAGGCAUGUCUUCAGCAAAGAAGCUGACUUUGGGAGCCUGAGGCCAGAGGUCGAAAGAGUACCCAAGAUCAAGGAAGAAAUGGGCAGCUGCAGCUGCUUCAAGUGCUCUGUACUGGGCUCUUGUGAGCCAAGAUGGCAGUACCUUAAAUUAAGGCCUCUUUUUAAAGCCUAUCCCUGAGGCCUGGGCGGGGCUCCUCGGCCACAGGUCUCAGGAAUUCUGAAGGUAACAGCAUCUCCUUGUACCCAUCCUACUUUUCCGGCUUUCCAACCCUUGCCCCUCAGUCUCUGCUGUCUGGGGGGCCUUCCCUGAAAGAACACUAGAGGGGCCAAGGGGAAGGUUUCUGCUGUGGGUGAAGCCAUCUGAGAAGAAAGUCCAACCGGGAUUGAAGCUCCAGGAAUCUGAAGAAUGCAUUCUGGGUGGUUGCUAAGGGCUCAGCAACACCAGAACAUCCUUGGCUGUCAAGGAGGCGAAGGCUGCCUCAGGAGGCUCGACUCAGGAGGCCUCCACAUGGCCUAUGCUCAUGUCGCCUCCGAAAUUCCAAAGAGCAGACAUUUGGACUUGCCUUCCUUUGGGCAUCUCUCUGGUGUGUGUGUGUGUGUGUGUGUGUGUGUGUGUGUGUGUGUGUGUGUGUGUGUGUGUACAAUGUGUUUAUGAAUGAGGAGGCCUGUGUCAGGUCUAGAGGUUAGAUGUUUUGUUUGCCUUUUUAAUCUCAUUUGUUCAGACAUUUGAAUCUCUUGUGUUUUCUAGAGCUCCUUGUCUUUCCCCGUCCUCUUGGUCAUAGUAUUUGACAGUUGGUUUUUUUCCCUCCCAUCCAAAGUGUGCUCAUUAGAGGGGUUCUCACUGUCAGGCAGCAGCUUAACCCCAUGUUCUUCCAGGUGCUCUGCCUAACAGCGUAAGGGGAAAUUGAACACUCAGUUUACCCAAACCACCCACUUUUUUCAAGCUAACUGGAGAAGUCUCUCCAUUUAUUUUGAAUCCACAGGCCUCUGGUAGGCCGAGAUACCACCUAGUUAUGCUGUAUCUGUUUUCCAAACAGGAGGUAGAGGCCCUUGGAGCCAAGGCGACCAGCACAAUAGGUUGCUGCUAGACCGGGGGAAUGAUGUUUGUGCUGUUCUCCCUUCUGGCCCACUCCUCUCAAGAGCCUUUCUCUUUGUUCUUUUGUUCAUGUCUGUGUAUUUUCCCUGUGGCACUGGCAGUGGGGUACUUUUUCAUCCAGAGAAAAACUUGUCAGUGCUCCCAAGAAUGAAUUUCCAGGGAUUUGUGGGAAGGGAAGGAGCAGGGGCUGUGGCAGCAUGUCCUAGUGUUGCACUUUGAGAGGAUUGUCUACUGCAGUAAUAAACGGAAAGUAUCAGCAAGA